AUGAUCGCCAGUUAUUGUGUGAGGAGAAUCCCCAGCCAGUCAAGUCUUUCAGAAGUCGAAUUAUUUCGGAGAUUGGAAUGUGGAGCUAAGAAUGCAGACUCACCUCGCUCAUAUGAGGUGGAGGAUAUUCUACUCGCCAUAGAUGCACUCAACCCAGGACAGCCCAAUAGGCAAGGUACCAACCAAACGUCCUCAGGCUUUAUUGGAGGUUUUGGAGUUUUUCAUACAUCUGAGAAUAAUAAUCGUGCCGUGGAUUUGGAAUUUGAGUCCCUGGGGUUUCCACAAGUCCAGAGUCCACCUCAAGAAGAAACUCACUCACCCAUAGCAAUAUGCGAUGACCAGAAUACGAACCUUGACUGUGCGUCUGGAGUUUCCCAGAAUGUUGCUGAAACGAUAACAUCAGGAGCAGACCCCACUUCUAUGACACAACUUUGCGAAAUACAAAGACCCUUCAUAUUCCCAUUCAAAGAAUCACUGGGUCUCGCAUCUGCCGAAGACGAUAUUGACAUUGAUCAACUCGAUCAACUCGAUCAGCUUGAUGCUUUUAACCUGGAAAAUGAUGAACUUAAUCAUGUCCAGGGACAUAGUAUUUGGAACUUUGAUCUUGCGCCAGUUGUUCCGCAGGCCCCUCCCCCUUCAUAUCUUAGUAGCAACGAGCGACUAUUGAUGCAUUACUAUACAACUCGUGUUGUACAUACUUUCCCGGCUCUGGAUAGUCCCAAGAGCCCUUGGAAGACCUUCCAUCUGCCUCGCGCACUUCAGAGCGCUGGUGAAAUGGCAGUUCAAGGGUCAACUUGUGUGAUACGAUCAGCCUUGAGGAACACAUUGCUAUCGAUUAGCGCUUUCUACCUAUCAAAGCACAUGAGAUGUCAGUCCCAAAUCGACGAAGCCACCAAAUGGGAGACGGAGGCUAUGCAUUUUCAUGGUACUGCAAUGAACCUUUUGAAUGAGUCCGUCAACGCACGAUUUACAUCGCCAACGCGGCCAAAAUACAAGGAAGUCCUUGCUACCAUGUUAUCCAUGGUCUCUAUCAAUGUGAUGUCAGGCGACACUGCCAGUUGUGGUCUCCAUCUUGAAGGUGCUUCCAGAUUGAUCACAGAAGCCGCCAAAUGGAAAUCCCAAUAUUCAAACAAAGCAAUCGCACUCCACCGUAUUUACUUUUAUUUAAGAACGAUUUAUGAUAGCACAGCUAUUCGGGUCCCCAGAAUUUCGGAAAACAUACCCGAUACAUGGAAUGCGGCGGCAUCACCGUUGUCCAAUGCUGCAUCUGAGCUUAUUGAUGGCAUCGAGCUCAAUACAUCUCCAUAUCCAAAAUCUUAUGGUGUGAAACAAACAGGUGAUUAUGAAAGCAUAUACGCGAUUCCAAAGAGCCUGUUGGUCUUUUUGGCCAGAACAACGGAGCUCAUAAAUGCAGUUUCCGAUGCACGGGAAAGAUCUGGAAACACUCAUAUAACAUCUCCCCUGGCCGAGAGAUGUGAUGAGUUAGAAACGAGUAUCAUGGAUUGGCGUGCCGAUCCUAUAGCUGCGGACGUCACAUCCAGCCCCGUGGCAAACGCGAAUAUCAUCCAUAACAUGACUCGUGCCUUCCACAAAGCUCUCAUAAUAUUCUUUGCACAACACAUUCGGCUACUUGGACAUCGAUAUCUGAAACCAUUUGUUGAGGACGUGAUUGACAGCAUUGAAGCUGUUGAAUCCAUUAAGGUCGAGUGGCAGGUUUCGGCGUCUCCAUUAUAUUGGCCGGCCUUCAUUGCAGCAAGUGAAGCAUUUGAUCCUCAUCUCCAGGAAAGAUUCCAGCGAUGGUAUGCACAGGUUGAGCCAAAUGCAAUAGGAUCCAUGAGUACGGGAAUCUGUUUGCUUGAGCAGGUUUGGGCAGAGGGCCCGUCGACUGGCUCGCAUAGAACGAGUUUGUGGCGACAUAUUGCAAUGAGAACAGAUACAAAGCUGAUGUUGAAUUGA